ACUGCAUUCAGUAAGGAGGCUUUAAAAGAGAAAACACUGUCUCUGCUCCUAAACCUAAUAUGCAGUUAAUCCAGCACUUGUUGAAAAUUUGACUUAAAUGCACAUGAAAAGGACAUGACAUUCUGGAAGCUGAUAAAUCUUCACCUUGGUAAGUUGCGAUAAAUCCUCACGCCGCAAAUAAAGAUGCAGCAACAAAGUUCUGAUUAUUCUCCAGGCUUGGUCAAAGAAACCUGCAUCAAUAUGGAACUUCUAAAGAGUGAAAACAAGUUUCAUAAAGAAAACACUGUUUUGUGUAGAAGCAGCAGUCUAGAAAAUGUCUUCAGUCCCUGUGAAACACAACCAGUAUCAGCUUGUAUGGACACCACCAUGCCUACAGGUGACUUCACUCGAAGACGUGGGUAUACUGAGUCUUCACUUCUCCUGAAGCUUCCCACAGAGGAGUGUGCUGGGAGCCAUCAUGCACCUUUCCAGUUUGACCGGCAUGCUCUGGCCAGAAUUUCCACUUCUCCAACUUUAAGGCGUCUACGGAUGGCCUCUGCCUCACAGGCACCAAUAUUUCAGGACUCUUCUAACACAGCUCAGCUAGGGAACCAAAAGGAAUACACCAGCUCUCUCCACCACAUUUGUAAAAGUCCACCCCGGUGCAUUAAAUCUUCUUCACUGUCUUUGCCUUCUUGCGUCCAUGCAAAAUUACUGUCUUCCAAAGCAAAGUCAGAGACAACCAUAGCAGAUCCGGAGUCUGCCAGCCCCGGAUUAAAGUUACCAAGCCAAAAAGAUGUCAGCAAUGGCAGUCCCAAUGAGAUGCUCCAAAACUCUUGGCAAGUCAACUCUGUUACACUGCCUAGGAGACUCCCCCGCCCCAGCCGUAUGCCACAGGAGGCUAUCCAGAAGAGUGAACUGCCUAUACAAAGAUCAGCCGAGCGCCGGCGUAGCUCUGUGGUAGUGAGUUUGCCGGGACUCGAGGUGUUCCCUGGAGACCUCCUGGUGUCAGACAGUGCCUUGGACUACCUGCCUCACGCAGCCCUGCUGCUAAACGCAGAGUCCAAAAAGCCAAGGUGGCCGUUUGCCAAAAGAGGAGUUGGUAAAGACAAACAGAAGCAAGAUCUGGAACACUGUCUUUCAACUGUUAAGAUCAUAGAAUGCGGCACAUAUGAUUUCUGCUGCUUCAAGAGUAAAUCUUGGCAUGAGUUUAUAAAGGCUCAACAGACUGAGCAGAAAGAUGUCAACAGCCGGUUGGAAGUGAAAAAAGAAGAAGCAGUGUGGGAACUUUUCACAAGUGAAUGCACUUACUUUCUGGAUCAUUUGCUGGUUCUCAAGAUGAUAUUUAUGAACACUCUCAAGUACCUCCAGAGUAAAGAAUUUCUCUUGGAUGUGGAUUUAUGGAAACUCUUUGCAAACUUGGAGGAGUUAAACAAGAUAAGUCUCAGUUUUCUGGAAAGUUUUUUUGAAAUUGUGAAGGAACAUGUCAGCGAGUCAGGGUCGCCUACAGAUUUCAUCUCCAUACUCAAAAAGUUUUUCCAGGGUGACCUCUGCCAGACGCACCAGAUUUAUUGCCUCAAUUAUACAUCCGCUGUCUUCUACUUGGAAAACCUGAGACAGAGAGAAGAUUUUGGCAUCUACCUGAAAUGGUGUGAACAAAACGAACAGUGCAGGAGACUGCACCUGCCGGAGCUGCUGGUCGCUCCUUUGCAUCGACUGACCCGCUAUCCCCUCCUCCUAAACAAUAUCUGGAAGAGGAGCACUGACGAAAUGGAGAAAGGCUCUAUCUGGUCAGUUAAAGAGAAGGUGGAAAAGUCCAUACGGGAUCUGGAAGGCAAAGUCAAGUGGCUGGACAACUUUCAGAAGUUCCGGCAGCUGCAUGAGGUCAUAAUUUGGCCUCAAAUCUGGGAUCGUGACAAGAGAUUCUUUGUCCCAGAGUGCUUGAAACAAAACUUGAGAGAAAACAGCAGUGAAAACAUUUUGUCUUCAGCAAGCAGACUUCUUCUCCAUGAAGGGAGGUUAACGCUAGCAGAAAGCACAAGACUCCUUGAUGUCUACCUCUUCCUGUUUGAUGAUUUCCUAUUAAUUACCAAAAUUAAACGUAUCAAAAAGAAAUACGGGGGCUCAGAUACAGGCUUAAUCCCUGUCUGUCCUUCCCUCGCUCCCGAGCUGCAGUCACUCAUAAGAGAAGGCGGGGUUUGCUCAGUCCUUGACCAGCCCAUCCCACUGGACAGACUGAUACUGAAAAACGUUGACCCCAUCCACAUAACAGUCUUCAGCCUGAGAAAUACUUUCCUAAUACAGCAUGAAAAUAGGUAUCGGCAGUGCGUAGCAGUCUUCUUGCUACAAGCACAAACAGAGACUGCCAAGAAAACAUGGAUGUCACAGAUAGAAAUGGCAAUCUCCAAUUACACUAAGCAACAUGAAACCAAGAAAAGCACUCUUUUCUGCUUCCCAGCUGAAUCCUCUGAAAUUUAAUAAUGCCAGCACAGCAUGGACAGAUCCAGUAGAAGACUAUUGUGGUGAUAACAGUUAUUUCUUCCAGCAUGCCUUUGCUUUCUGACACUAGCAGACUUCUGACUUGACUAGACAGAAGUGAUGAGUUUUGACCACCAGAAUGUAGGAGUAAAUUGGAGGGGGAGAAUGAGCCAGGCACCAAACACAUCACUCUUAGAUGCUCCUUUGCUUCAGCUAGGGGAAGGCUCUUGCCAUCCAGGGAAGUGUUAACACAACCUGUUGUUUCCUAGAAAGCAUUACAGGGAGAACACCUAUGUUGGUGAGGAGAACUCAUUCACCAGAAGUCUAGAGGGGUUAUUCUGAGCUCAUUCAAAUUGAAUUAAUAAAUUUCACAAAAUUAAAAUUGUAGGGAACUGUCUAGCUAUAGCUCACUGUACUUACUGCCUUUCUACCUUCUAAACCAUAACAUCUCACACUCAGCUUGUGGGGGCAGAUCAGUAAAAGCAUAUUUUGUUGAGUAGCCAUUAAUUUUCAAAAUGAAAAGUUGCUUACCACCCUGUUUAUUUGAAAAUGGUCAACCUUACAUCUAACAUUCAGAUAAACUACAGAUGCUACAAAAUGUGUAAAAAGAAAGAACAAAAGUGCAACGAUGUCCCCCUUUUAAUGGGGACUUUUUAAACCACAGUUUUUCACAACUUCAUUAUCAGCAGAUCUGUCAUUAUGCAUUAUUUAUGCUUAGUGCAGCCUUCAAUUUUGCUAUGUCUUGUCUGUUCAACUUUUCUUCAAAAACCCAAACAUUCUUUUUACAUUAAAAUGUUCAAUACUUCAUUGCAAUCCCAGAUCUGUGGUCCAUAUAGUAGAAGUAUGUGCAUUAUUAUUAUUUUUUUUUGGAUGUGCUGGAUUAGCCCCACAUAAUAGUCUGUAAAUGGUUGACACAACAUUUGUGCAGGUUACUCCUGCAGAGGGAAGGUGCUCUCACCACAUUGGCCUGGGUUAAUCUGAGAUUAGCAUAGUGAAUAGAGGAAGAGAGACUUCUCUAAAGUCACUCUAAAUGAUCCCGCCACUUAUUCCACUUGUGCCCAGUUGGUCUCUCCCUAAACAGGGAAGUAAACCUUUAGAAUAUCCCUUCAGUACCAGAAAUUAUUUCAGGGUGAACAAAACAGAGAAGCCACACAGAUGAAGACUAUGAUGAAGAAUU